UAUUGAAUUGAUCGUUUGAAUUUGAAUCUUGGAUUAUUGAAUCAUGGAUAAAUUGUCCGAUCGAGUUUUUAAAGCAAAAAUCACGAAAUCUUUCAAAUCGAAAAAGUUUGAUCGAAAACUGGUGUCCGAACUGAACGAAGAAUUCGAAAAUCGUACGGCUGGACUUGAUGAAGAUGAAUUGGAAUUAUGGAAAAAAUAUGACGAUAUAUUGAAGGCAAUGAUCAAUAAUGUUAAUCUGAAUGAAUUAUUGAAUAAUGAUGAUGGUGAUGAUGACGUGGAUCUAAAUGAAUCUGAUGCUGAUAAUGAUGAUAGAAGUACUCAUGGUAGUCAUCUCGAUGAUGAUGAUCGUGUUUCGUCUAGUGGAUCCAAUCCUGAUGCGAAAAAUGAUAUACCGAUUUACAAAAUUGUAAAUUCAAUCAAAUCGUUUAAGGAUAAUGUUGCUGAAUGGCCAGCGUUCAAAAGUCGUGUUGAAUCGCUGAUUAUUGAACGGAAAAAUAUUUCUGAAAGUUCAAAAAGAAUCAUCAUUUCCGGUAUUGUAAGAGGUAAAGCAUCUUCGAUAUGGGAUCGAUGCGAAACCCAAAAAAUGGAUAUAAAAAAGAGCUGGAAAGCCUUGUCGAAAGAAUUCUGA